AUGGCAAACAGCGCUGCCACCAACGGGUCUGCGGACCAGACGCACACCGCGUCCCAGCGCUACCUGAGCACGCGGGGUGAUGAUAGCGGUCUGUCCUUUGAGCAGGUCGUCCUCAAAGGCCUCGCGUCCGACGGCGGCCUGUACAUUCCCGAGCAGAUCCCCAUCGCUACCGAGUGGCAGGAUUGGAAGGACCUCUCCUACGUCGACCUCGCCUUCAACGUCUUGUCGCUCUAUAUCUCGCCUUCCGAGAUCCCACCUGAGGAUCUCAAGGACAUCAUCCGGCGUAGCUACACCACUUUCCGCUCCGACGAGGUCACCCCCUUGAUCCAGCUGCAAGGAAACAUCCAUCUGCUGGAACUCUUCCACGGGCCGACGUUCGCUUUCAAGGAUGUUGCCCUGCAGUUCCUCGGAAACCUCUUCGAGUACUUCUUGGUGCGGCGGAACGAAGGGAAGACGGGGCGGGACAGGUAUCACCUUACCGUGGUGGGGGCAACAAGCGGUGACACGGGCUCGGCCGCCAUCUAUGGCCUGCGGGGUAAGAAGGACGUCUCGGUCUUCAUGCUCUAUCCCAAGGGUCGCGUGAGCCCGAUCCAGGAGCUCCAGAUGACCACGGUCCUCGACGCCAAUGUGCACAACCUCGCCGUAACGGGUAACUUCGACAACUGCCAGGACAUUCUCAAAACCCUGUUUGCAGACCCCGACGCCAACUCUACCCUGAAGCUCGGCGCCGUCAACUCGAUCAACUGGGCACGCAUCCUCGCCCAGACCGUCUACUACUUCUAUUCCUACUUCUCCCUCGCCCGCCAACAACCCGACACGUUCAAGAUCGGCGACAAAGUCCGGUUCUCUGUCCCAUCAGGCAACUUCGGCGACAUACUGGCCGGCUACUUCGCCCACCGAAUGGGCCUGCCGGUCGAUAAGUUUGUCAUCGCGACAAACGAAAACGACAUCCUCGACCGCUUCUGGAAGACGGGCCGGUACGAGAAGAAACCGACCCACGGCCCUUCGGCCGCCGGCGGCCUCCCUGAGGACGGGGCCAAGGCGCACGAGGACGGUGUCAAGGAGACACUUUCUCCGGCCAUGGACAUCCUGGUUUCCUCCAACUUCGAGCGUCUCCUCUGGUUCCUCGCGUACGAGUUCGCGUCGAGCGCGGGUAUGGACGACGACUGGAACAAGAAGCAGGCCGGCCAGGAAGUCUCGUCCUGGCUGCGCGCGCUCAAGGUCAAGGGCGGCUUCGGCCCCGUGUACAAGGACGUACUGGAGGCCGCGCGCCGGACGUUUGAGAGCGAGCGGGUCAGCGACCAGGAGACCCUCGACACCAUCCGGAGCCUGUACCGCGAGGUCGGAUACGUGCUGGAUCCGCACACGGCCGUGGGCGUCGAGGCCGCCAGGAGAUCGGCUGCGCGCGCCGGCUCCGACGUGCCCAUCAUCUCGCUGUCGACGGCGCAUCCGGCCAAGUUUGCCGGCGCCGUGACCCUCGCGCUCAAGGACGAGGAGGGGUUCGAGUUUGAUGCCAAGGUGCUGCCGCCCGAAUUCGUCGGGCUGGAUCAGAAGGAGAAGAGAGUCAGAGAGGUGGAGAAUGACUGGACGGCGGUGCGGGAGGUGGUGAAGACGGAGGUGGAGGAGGAGCUGAAGGGAGAGAGGUGA